AUGAUUUCUUUUUUUAACGAAGAUACAAAAGAAGAAGAAAAAUUAUUACAAGAAAUAUUAGAGAAGAAGAAUGAUAAGAUACCAAAUAUCUUAAAAGAAAUAGUGACCUCUCAUUUAUCAAGAGGUGAUACACAGAAAAAAGAGGCAUCGUUAAGUAUAAAAAAUGAAGAGGUAUACUAUGAUAAAAGACAAUAUGAAUAUAAAGAAUGUGAUAGAGAUAACAUAAAGGAGAAUAUAAAGUACACAAGUAAUAAUAUAUAUGAUAGUAAGGAUUGUAAUACAGCUUUAAAUUAUAGUAAUGAAGAGUUAUUAAAUGUUAAAGUUGAUACAAAUAUAUUUUCUUUUCAUAUAAAAAAAAAUGGGAAAAUAAAUUCGGAUAUAUUCUUUAUACCUUAUAAUAGUAUAGAUGAUGAAGAUGUGAUAACAGAAUAUACAUAUAGUUAUAAUUAUUAUGAUAUAUAUCCAGUAAAUAUUGAACAGGUUAAUAAAUCUUUUCAUUCAAAUAAAAAAAGGAAAAUAAUAAAAAAUAAAAAUAUUAAUACAAAUAAUCAAUUAUUAAUAAAGAAGGAAAUAAAUGAAGAUAAUAAUGAUAUAAAUAAUGAAAAAAAUGAAGAUAAUAAUGAUAUAAAUAACGAAAAAAAUGAAGAUAAUAAUGAUAUAAAUAACGAAAAAAAUGAAGAUAAUAAUGAUAUAAAUAACGAAAAAAAUGAAGAUAAUAAUAAUAUAAAUAACGAAAAAAAUGAAAAUUAUAAUGAUAUAAAAAACAAAAGAUCUAACUUCCAAAAAUUAUUAGUUCAUUUUAGAGGCAGAUUAUUUAUUGGAUGUCAUAUAAAUUAUUCAUAUUUUAAAAUAAAAACAUUCUUAGCAAUGAUAAAAAACAAUGAAAAUAUAGAUGAUACAGAAAAUUUACCUCUUUUUAAUUAUGUUAAUAAAAAUAUACAAACAUAUAAUUUAAUUGAAAAUGCUACAUAUUGGAAACAGGAUGAAUAUCCUGAUUAUACUGAUCAAAAUAUACAAAAACUUUUCUUCUUUCUUAUUUUAAUUCCUUUAAAUAAUUACAAUGAAGAAGAAAGCGAAUUAAAUUAUGAUGUCGUUUUUUGA